AUGCCAGCGCCGGACAGCAGCAACAUCAGCAGCAACGGCGCUUCUCAGCCAGACACCAACGGCUCUGGCGCAGAGGUGCCGGUGGCGGCACCCCCCGCGGCAGAUGUGGAGCCUAGUAGCAGCAGCGGCGGUGGCGGCAUUUGGGGCUGGAUCCGCGCACAACAGCAGAAGAGCGCGGAGCUGCGGACGCGUCUGGCGGCGCUGGGCCUGGCGGCAGUGCUGUCCUACGGCCUGUUUGAUGGCGUGUCGUACACCAUUGCGUUCAGCCUGGCCUUCUUGGGCUACGAGGCCCGCACGGGGCUCAACCCCACCCAGAACGUGGCAGACAUUGUUAAGAUCUGCAUCCUGAUGUGGGCGGGCAACAACGUGACGCGGCCCUUCCGCCUGGCCGGCGCCGCCGCCCUGGCCCCCUUCAUGGACCGCCUCAUGGAGCGGCUGCAGGGGCGGCUGGGGCUGAAGAGCAAGGCGGGCGCCUUUGCCAUCCUGGUGGCAGCCGUGGCCAUCGCGUGCUUCUCCAUCCUGGGCGGUCUCUUCUUCUCGCGCUGGGUGCAAGGCUGA